AUGCAAAACCCACACGCAGAAAUGUACCCGCACAACCCAGACGCCAUCACAACCGACCCAUCCCACCCACCCGCAACCAUGGCCCCCCUCAAUACAGAAAAACAAUACCCGCACCAGCCAGAGCCAGCACCAGAGUACGAAGCACAGAUAGGCGAAAAGACAUACCCAGGCCAGCAGCCUCCACCGGGACCACAGCAGUUCUAUGCGCCGCAGACACAGCCCCAUCCGAGCGGGUAUGCUACUGCGGUGCCGUUACAUGCUGUGCAGUCUGCGGCGACACCGGUUGAUUGUCCUAUAUGUGGGGUGAGGGAGAUGACGAAGGUGGUGCCUGUUAGUGGUGGGACGACACAUGGUUGGGCCGCUGUAUUGUGUUUCUGCUGUUGUCUUGGCUGCAUCCCUUACUUGAUGUCGUCGUUGAAGGAUGUUGAGCAUUCUUGUGGACAUUGUGGUGCUAAGCUGGCGACUUGGCAUAAUAGUGGACGGGUGCAGGUUUUCCAGAAUGGUCCGAAGAAGUGA